GCCCUUCCUCCACCAUCAUCCCGCAGUUCUCCCGACGCCUUGCAGCUGCUCGCGCGCGCAAGCCGCCUAUCUGCAGCACCCCGCUCGUAUCGCCGUUGCGACUCGCUGGCACGCAACAGCCGUGAAGAUGCUGGCGCCGCAGCCGGCACUGGUGCUGGCGCCGGAGCCGUCGGCGCCUGCGCCUCAGUCUGCCGCACGCCGCAGCCAUCUCAUUGUUCUCUGCGGACUCGUAGGCUCGGGAAAGUCGACACUGGCCGAUGCGCUGCAGCUUCACUGCAACUAUAUGCGCGCUUGUCAGGACCAGCUGCAGGACCGGCGCAGCACGAUCGACUUCGUGCGCCGCGCCCUGCAGCAGCAGCGCGAUGUCGUUGUGGACCGGACUAACGUGGACGCGGCACAAAGGGCACACUGGGUCAGGCUAGGACGGAGCAUGGGAGCACAGGUGGACUGCAUCGAGUUUGACACGCCCAGAGAGGUGUGCGCUGAGCGUCUGCGCCUCCGGACAACACAUGAGACGCUGCACAGCGUGGAUCAGGCUCUGUUCGUCCUCAACACCUUCUCGCGCGACUAUCGGACACCGCGGCCGUCCGAGGGUUUUGAGCAUCUCCUGCCGCUCAAGCCGGCCGGUCAGGCGCAUCCUUGGACGCGCGACGCGUGCGAGGCCGUGCUCGCCAGUCUUGCGCAGGCCGCAUGUCCGCCGCUCACCGCGGCAGAGCAGCAGGCGCUCGAUGCGCCGCCGCCGGCGACAGGUGCUCGUGGCAGGGGUCGGGGCUCUGCGCCUGGCUAUCGAGGGCGGGGCCGUGGCGCCGGACCGCCGCCCCCGAGACCAGCAGGGCCGAUAGGCGGACCGAUGCCGUGGCGAGAGCCCAGGGCCUUCGAGGCGGGCCCAGGCUACCACAUGGACGGCACCGCGGCAGCACGGCCAGCGCCUCGCGGACCAGUGCAGCCACAACGAGUGCUCGGUGCGCCGCCCGGCCAGCCUCCACCAGUGCCGCUUGAGCUGCUGCACGCCGCAGCACAGCCGCCACACCAGCCGCAGACGUGAAUGCAGGAUAUAUACGACGCGCGGCGAGUACAAGUACACUGUCAGACCCAGAAGAGACGGCGAGGAGACUGGCAGAGGGCGAAGCGCGCUGCUCAGACGGGCAUGCGGAAGCGCUGCUCGAUCUGCUGCAUGUAGCUCUCUGCGA